AUAAUCUUUAACUAAUUUUAUAUUAGUCUGGGUUAUCUUUUAAAGCAGUGCAAAAGCCACAAGAGGCAGGAGUAAAAGGGCCGUGUGAAGAUGGAAGCCUCGUCAAGAAUGUUACUACUGUCUCCAAUAUCGGCCUCCAAAAUUCGCUUCAAUGAUUCACUCAGAAGGCCUAACAAGUUUGUAUCGACGAAGAUAGUGAGUAUGGCAAAGGAUAGCAGCGACAGCAGCAGCAACAACAACGGAAUCGUGGAGAAAGCAGCCAUAGUUGGAGGUUUAAUCUCAACCCCAGUGAUAGGGUGGUCCCUCUACACACUGAAGACCACCGGGUGCGGCCUCCCUCCUGGUCCAGGUGGCUCUAUUGGCGCACUUGAAGGUGUAAGCUACCUUGUUGUUGUGGGAAUAGUGGGUUGGUCUUUGUAUACCAAGGCCAAGACCGGUUCUGGUCUUCCCAAUGGCCCUUUUGGGCUGUUGGGUGCUGUUGAGGGCUUCUCCUAUUUGUCACUUGUUGCCAUUCUUCUUGUCUUUGGUUUGCAGUACCUUGACCAAGGUUACAUCCCUGGUCCUCUCCCUGCUGAUCAGUGCUUUGGCUAGCUUACCUUCUUUUCUUUUCUUUUCUUUUCCUUCUCUUUCUUUCAAGAUAAUAAUAAUAAUGUUAUUUUGGUGGCCACUACUAUUUCUAUCUUAGCAUUUGUGGAUGUGGUCGCUCCAUGUAUGUCAUUUUCCCAUACCUUCCUCUGUUUUUCAAUUCGUAUUCUACUAUUGUUGAUAUUGUACCUCCCAAUUUGAUGAGAGUAUUUCAACUAAUUUAGUUUUACAAUUA